UGCUGUUGUAUGGCGUCGCGACGAUCGGUCAGAGUUGCCGUUCAGCUCAGUCUGAGCGAACAGCGCGCCAAGGAAGCUGCUGCACGGGCCGCCGCCGAAGCAGAGCAGACCAAGCAGAAAGCACCGACGUCAAAGCAUGUCGUGCAGCCAAGUAAGAGCGAGCGCGAGGCAGCCAGAAUGGCAGAACGGCAGGACGACGCGGUCGAGCUCGAGGCGAAAUUGGACGCAUUGGCAGACCUCGUACGAACGAGCUACACUGGCGCAGGUAUCAGCACGGUUUGCUCGUUACCAGAUUAUCGCGGACCGGACGGCGUAUGGACGCGUCUCAAGCAAGGGUUGGAUGCGCCUGAAAUGACCGUGCCAAUUAGCCAGGUUCAACCCUCCGACACCCACAUGGCUCUUGCCACGCUCGUCCACAAGAAGAUUGUCAAGCAUGUUGUCUCUCAAAACUGCGAUGGGUUGCAUCGGCGCUCGGGAAUACCUCAGGAGCGACUUUCCGAGAUUCACGGGAACACGUUUAUUGAGGUUUGCACCAACUGCCGUCCGCAACGGCUGCAUCCACGCGAAUUCGAUGUGACUUGGCUCACAAAGUACAAGCAGCACGAAACAGGGCGGCUAUGCACGGUAUGCCAACAGCCCCUUGUUGACACCAUUGUCCAUUUCAAAGAACUCGGGGGAGAGCGGGCCCCGCAAGUUUUGAACUGGUCUGCAGCCAUGCGUCAAGCAGCGGACGCCGACACCAUCAUUUGUCUUGGCUCAAGUUUGGCAGUCUUACAGCAUUACAAUGACUUGUGGAAGCGAAAAAAGGCCGUGCCACUGGUCGCAAAUGCCAAUAGCGGCAAUUCCCAGGAGACCUCUCCUGCCGAUGCUCAGCCGGCCUCAGCAACACUAGCAACAGCAACGUCGCCGUCUGCUGGAACGGAGCCAAGUCAAGCCUUGUCGGAAGUCGACGCACCGCCAGUGGCAAAUAACACCAACGUGAAAUCUGAAGCAACACCGGAACUCGGCUCGCUAACUUCCGAUGACCCGCUUCCCGUCGACAAUCCGUCGUCAUCUUCCGAUGGCACACCUUCCGAGCCUCAGCCAGGCUCGUCCGAACCUAGCAGCUCUCAAGCCGAAUGGUCUGACUCUUCGACAUCCGCUUCGCAGGCCAGUUCUUCGUCCCUUUUGCCAUCCGAAAGGACAACCCGGCGGCACCGACUCGCCAUUGUUAAUCUACAAUGGACACCAAGAGACCGGUACGCAGACAUUAAAAUACACGCCCGCUGUGAUUUUGUCAUGGCUGGGCUGAUGCAGCGACUCGGGCUUGUCGCCAGUGUUUAUUCCCGCGACAAGGACCCGCUGUUCCGUACCUGUAUUCCUUUGACAGCGGCUGAAGAAGCCUUGGUUUGGCGAGAUGUGCAAGAGCGGCUGUCUGAAAAGCGGCGUCACGAGAGCGAGAGCGAGGCUGUUGCUGCGACCGAAUCGUCACUUGCUGCAUGGCAGCCCAACACUGAAAAAUCAUCCUCAACCAACAGUCUCAUGCUCGAGUACCAAACGCUACAACAGUUGCUUGCACAGCCGCUUUUGCACGAUCCGAGUGUGAUCAGCGAGGCGGCAACUCGCUUUCAAAAUGUCCAGCUGCAACUGACGGCUCUCGCUCCGAAUCCCAGUUCGCUGGGCGUCGGAUUCCUGCCGCAGGAGACAGGAAACACCGUCAGCUUUGGUGCUGCACCAGGAUCUUCAUUUUUAGCAUCUGCCGUCGUCCCAUUGGCUCCGGCUUGGCUCGGGUCGACGGUUAGCCGGAAGAAGCCUCGUCUUGAACCGAGUUAACAGUGGAAUUCUCUCUCAAGCAUCCUGCAUACAAUCUACAUGAUUGGUUGAUUAGUUGGUAUUGCUCUGGAGGUCACCCCCCAAUACACUUGAAAUUACAGUAAAUUGAAAAUUACACGUUCAGAAAAAAACAAAC